AUGUCGCAACGAAAAACCCAUAGAGGCCUGAAGAAGGCAGCCGUGUCUUCCACACAGACAGGUCAGCAAGAGCUACAGACUUUGUCCGAGAUGUUUCCCGAUUGGGAAUCUGAGGACUUGUCUUCGUUAUUGGCUGAGCACUCUCAAGACGUCGAAGUGGUGAUCGAUUUGAUUGUCAACAAUAAGGUUUCAAAAUGGGAACCUAUCAAGAAGGAGCCCAAGCCUAAGAAAAGAGACGACAUAAUAACCCAAGACUUGCAUUCUACCCCUGCCCAAAUAAAUUCUCAUGGAGAGAAAAAGCACCAGAGGGAAAAGCCCAAGACUGACAAGCGCAGAGAGAAGAAAGCUCCUGUUAAGAAGGAAAGCACUAGUGCUUCAUCCUCUGCACCAUCUGUUUCUGCCCCUCAGGUUGCUGCUGCUGCCUCCACAUCUACUUCCUCUGCACCUGCACCAUCCGGCUCAUGGGCUGCUGCUUUGGCCAAGGACGUGAAGCCAAAGCCAAAAGCCGCUCCUAAAUUGGAGACUGCUGCACAGGAACCUGCUACGGAGGCCCCUGCAACUCAAGAGACUGUUGAAGCCGAGCCUGCAGCAGCUUCAGAGGUUGUAUCAGAACCAGCUUCUGAGCCAUCUGCUGAUUCCGAGUCUCAAAAGGUUACCCAACCAGCAACGACUACCCCAUCUAGAAAGGCUGAAGUCAAGCCAGCCACAUCGUGGGCUUCUGCAAUUAAGCCUAAAGCCAAGCCUCCAGUGAAGAAGCCAGAGCCAGCGAGAGCCCCAGAACCAGCCGUUGAAAAACAAGCUGAGAUUGAACAUGAGAAUCCAGAGCCAGCUGUAGCUGUGGAAGCUGUAGCUGUGGAAGCUGCACCACAAGUCGAAGAGGAAGCUCAAGCGCCAGAGCCUGUCACUAGCGCUCCAGUGGCCACUCCAGAAGCCGCCCCAGUUUCAGUACCAGCCGAUUCUGCCGUACCAAUUGCCGAAUCUGAGGUUGUUUUGCCACACCAAGUCAGCAAUAUCGGCGUCUCUUUCGGCUCUUUGUCCUUGGAGGAGGAGAAGGCCACAGAAGCAGCUGUGCCUGAAACAACGACCGUUCCAGCUGAGUUUUCUAAUGACUCCAAGUUCAGCCAACAGAGCCAACCAGUACAAUCUCAACCUCAGCAAAGCCAACAGCCUCAACAGCAGACUCAACAGUCGCAACCAGCCUACCAGCAACAAUACGAACAGAAGCCAGCCUCUAGCCAAGGAUAUGACUACUACUCGCAAUUCCAGCAGUCUCAGCAGCAGUACCCACAGCAAGGUGCUGUUGGUAACAUGCCAGCUCAGUACGGUUACCCAUCUUAUGACUAUUCUGCUUACAGUCAAUUGGGCCAGGGCGGACUCGGUUCAGCUGGUUCUCCGGGUUACUACCCAGCUGCUGUAACCAACGGUGCCAAGGGAGGUGCAAAUGCCAGCAACGGAAAUGCCAGUAACGAUCUUGGCCAAUCUCCAUUGGUGCAAGGAAACUCCAUGGCUCAAGGUUUGCAAACUCCACAACAGUCUCAAGUGCCAGGAGCUGCUCCAUACGGAUUUCCUAACUACUACAACUACUUUUACAACACCCCAUUCUAUGGUAAUGGUGCCAUGGGUGCCACUUCGACUGGUUACGGUAUGCAACAACAACAGCAACAGCAACAGCAGCAGCAACAGCAACAGCAGCAGCAGCAACAACAACAGCAAGCUGGUAAUGAUAACGUUGAGGGGGAGAAUGCCAACGCACAGAAUGCGGGAGCACAAGGCCAAUACUACGCUCAAUACUACGCUCAACCAAACCAAUUUGGCUCCAGAGUUGGCUAUCCAUACAAUGGAUUUCCAGCCAACCAGACAUAUCCGCAGUCCUCAGGGCAGGGUGAACUGGCAGAUCAGCCGCAACAGCAACAACAACAGCAAGCUCAGGGUCAACAAGGCAACCCACAAGGUCCUCCUAGUGGAAUUCCUCAGUACCCUCAGCAAAUCCCCCAAUAUGGUGGAUACCAGCAGUAUCCACAGUACGGCAGCUACCAGGACAACAAUCAAUACCGUGGCUGGUAUUAA